GACCUGUUCUCUACCAGAAAGACGAAGAAGCGGUAGCACUUGCGUGGAGUAGGACUGUGUUUAGCCUGUGCUAUUCGCUAAACACAAGUCUAACUUUGCCAACUUCCACUCACUAAAUUCUCAGCUUGUUUCCACGGGGCUGAAAGCACACAGAAACCACCGCCACCAUGAGUAUACUCGCCAAAAUAGCAGAGAUUGAAAGCGAGAUGGCCAGGACGCAGAGGAACAAGGCCACCGCUCACCACUUGGGUCUGCUCAAAGCCCGUCUUGCCAAAUUGAGAAGAGAGCUCAUCACACCAAAGGGGGGCGGUGGUGGUGGGCCAGGAGAAGGGUUCGAUGUAGCGAAAACUGGCGAUGCCCGUAUUGGGUUUGUUGGUUUCCCUUCGGUAGGAAAGUCUACCCUGCUGAGUAACCUGGCAGGCGUUUACUCAGAGGUAGCUGCCUAUGAGUUCACCACACUCACUACAGUACCUGGAGUCAUCCGCUACAAAGGUGCCAAAAUUCAGCUCCUGGAUCUUCCGGGAAUCAUUGAGGGAGCCAAGGAUGGCAAAGGCAGAGGCAGGCAGGUCAUCGCAGUGGCUCGCACAUGCAACCUCAUCCUCAUCGUGCUGGAUGUGUUGAAGCCCCUGGGCCACAAGAAGCUAAUAGAACAUGAGCUGGAGGGUUUUGGCAUCCGACUGAAUAAGCAGCCGCCCAACAUUGGUUUCAAGAAGAAGGACAAAGGAGGCAUCAACUUCACUACCACGUGUGCACAGAGCGAGUUAGAUCCUGAAACGGUGAAGAGCAUCCUGGCCGAGUACAAGAUCCACAACGCCGACAUCACUUUGCGCGGCGACUGCACCGCUGAUGACCUCAUUGAUGUGGUGGAGGGAAAUCGGGUCUACAUCCCUUGCAUAUAUGUCCUGAACAAAAUCGAUCAGAUCUCCAUUGAGGAGCUGGACAUCAUCUACAAGGUUCCCCACUGUGUUCCCAUCUCUGCCCACCACCGCUGGAACUUUGAUGAUCUGCUGGAGAGGAUUUGGGAUUAUCUACAGCUAGUGCGCAUCUAUACCAAACCUAAAGGCCAACUUCCUGAUUACACCUCUCCUGUUGUCCUUCCGGAUGGUCGAACAUCAGUGGAGGAUUUCUGCCUGAAGAUUCACAAAAAUCUAAUCAAAGAGUUGAAAUAUGCCCUGGUGUGGGGAGCGUCUGUCAAACACAACCCCCAAAAAGUGGGCAAGGACCAUGUGAUGGAGGAUGAAGAUGUUAUUCAGCUGGUGAAAAAGUGAAAAGAGAUGUUAUCUCAACUGCAUGGCCUGGGUCUUACAGCUCUCUGUACAUGUGCUCCAUAUAUGGUCAGACUUAUCAAUUCAUCAGACCGUGUGUGUGUGUCAUGUGGUUUCAAGUUAUUUCUGCUCCAAGUAAAAAGAAGUGAAAUUAAUGAAACUGUCACAUUUGAAAAACAAAAACCUGAACCAAAAGUACUUAUCACCAUGAAUAGUUCAUAUUGAAUAUUGGUUAAGACUUGCAUUAAAAUGUGUACAAUACA